AAUGCUCUCCAGCAUCCAAUGCGACUGCAGCUCUGUUAGCCAUGCCCGAGUACCAGGCAGCACGCAGAAUAAGUGUCUAUCUUUCCAUGCCUGGCGGUGAGAUCUCUACCACGGACAUUGUGCGCAAUGCGCUCGACCAGGGCAAGAAAGUCUUCAUUCCCUAUACCUAUAAUCUGGAUUCACCCAAACAAGACCAGCCAAAAUCCAUCAUGGACAUGGUAGAACUACAGUCCAUGGCCGACUUUGACUCUCUGCAACCAGACAAAUGGGGCAUUCCUACUCCUAGCCAAGAUUCAAUCUCAUCACGUGCAAACUGCUUUGGGGGUACUGGCAUCACGAACGGAGACAUCGAAGCCGUGCACACAGGCCUCGACCUCAUAGUUAUGCCGGGCAUGGCCUUUGACGCCCAGUUUGGCCGGCUGGGACACGGUAAGGGCUACUACGAUUACUUCUUGAGUCGGUGUCACAAAGUGUCGCGCAUGCCUUUUCGCGUUGGUCUCUCGCUGACCGAGCGGUUCCUUCCGCCAACUGAGCCGGUUCCCAUGUCAUCCUCUGAUUUUCGCCUCGAUGCCAUCGUGACUGGAGAUGGCAAGCUCCUUCGCGCCGAGGCUUAAUCUUGACUCGACUCUUCCUUUCCUUCAUAAUCCACUGUAGUUGACUCUAAGUGUGUGCGAGGCGUGACGGCCAAGAGCGAAGCCGAGCGCCGGUGUAGAUGGGAGGCAGCCUCUACAGCUGCUGGAUGAGAGAGAUGUUGUCUCCCUUGAGGAGGAUUUGGCCAACCUUGCGCCUUUCUUCCGGCGCGUCCUUCUUGGCGAGCUUUACUUCGAUCGCGUCGUCGAUGACGAGGUUCAUGAACUCAUCGAAGCCCUGUGCAGGUGUCAGUAGCCGCGGCAGAAAAAAGAUAGACAUGAAGCAGUCAUACCCUGAG